GAGUGCUGAGAUAUUAAAGGAGCCACUUUAGGACAUGGAUCCCAAAGGAGCAAGAGGUACCAGGAAGCACCGCUGAUCUGCACAGACCCCUUUGCCUGCUGCUGCCCAACAGGGAACAGGGACCUGCUGAGGAUCCGCAUGGUCCAUCCCUGGAUUCUCCAAGCACUGACUCCCCAUCCCCUCUGACCACAGCCAGGGUCACAUCCCACCGCCUGCCCAUCAUCCAUCCAUGGAGCUCCCAAUGAUCUCCUUCAGCUGGGGGCUGUUCAGGCUGAUGAUGAGCAGUACUGUGCUGGAUAUGUGCGACUUCUGCAAGCUCUGCUGCCACUGCAGCCUACCUCGGUGCCUGUUUUGGGUGGUGGAUAGCAUCCAAUACUGCGCCUUCUUUGCUCUCUUUGCUGUCAUUCCCCCAGUGACAUUCCUGUGCCCGUCACACCAGCAGGGGCACUGCCUGGCAGCUCUCAUCUCCAUGCACACCGUCAUCCUGCUCCUCCUGGCUGCACCCAUGCUCGUUUCCAGCAUAAUCCUCCUCAAUAAUGCCAAGUGUGGCUCCCAGCAGCAGCAACCCAAGAGGUGCAACAUCAUUAUUGUCUUCACUGUGCUCCUCACUCUCCUCCUCAGCCUCUGGAAUUUCCUGCAGCAGCUCGGCUACACGUUUGUACCCUCCCAGGUGGUUUUCCUGCUCGCCUGCAUCAACAGCAGCAUCAAACCCUUCAUCUGUUUCUUGGCAGGGAGGUGCUGGAGGCCCUGCUCCAUGGGGUCCCUCUGGCUGUCCCUCCAGAGGGUCUUUGAAUACCAGAAAAAAAAAACUGCGCGUAGAAAUGAUGCCCCAGGUCCACAGUGGUCUGAGCCUGUUGAUCCUUUCCACUGCUCUGCUGAACAACCCCUGGAGAGUGGCUGA